AUGGCCGCUCAACGCUCGUCGUCAGCCGGACACGGCACGGGCGACUAUUCCGAGGACCCCAGUUUCGAAACCAACGUAGACGGCAGGAUUGAGAUGGCACAAGAAGAGAUAGACGCCAUCAUCAGGAACAAGAGGAAGGUCAGGGAUCCAAAGGCAUGUUAUGCGUGUCAUCGACGCAAGGUCAAGUGCGAUAGGAACCUCCCGUGUGAUUCAUGCAUCAAAAGAGACCACCCCGAGCUGUGUUCGUACGAGCGACCGACCAAGAAGAGGCGGAUCGCCUUGCCGGGGUCCAUGGGCCAUGGCGAAGGUACGCCGUUCGAUAAUCAGGACCCUGCGCAACAAUCGGGGCCCAACGUCACAGUACCCCGCGAGCAGUGGGAUCGCAUGAAUAGAGAAAUUCAGAGGCUGCGUAAUCGAGUCAAGAGCGAGUCCAUGUCCCCCGAAGCGCUUCAAGUCGACCUGGAUGACUCGCACGCCGCGGGUUCUCAUAGCCGUUCCGAGGAGGCGGAAAGAGAAGGCUAUCACGCCCCAAGUAACCAAAUGGGCACCAUGCAUCUGGGCUCUAGAUCAGUACUUGCAUACAUGAUGGCUCUGGGCAGGAGUCAGACGACACAAGACACUGCGCGGUCGCUUCUGGAAGAAAACAUCUUGCCCAAGCUGGGUCUGGAUAAUGAGAGCGCCACCUAUCCCUUUGUCGAUUUAUGGAGUACAGCUUCCAGCAUGCAAGAUGUGAGUGGCUUGUGUAAGGCAAUCCCUGAUGACGAACUGUGCCGAGAGUUCUUUGUCGGUUAUCGAGACGUUUCGGGCACUCUCUAUCCCGUCGUGCCUGACGCGGCCAGUUUCGAAGACACGCUGGUGUUUAUGCUGUCGAACCGGUCGCGCGCUCUCCGUGAUAACCUAGAACUUGAUCCGAACAAGCCGUACGGCGUCUCGCUGGCGUGGUUGUCACUUGUUUUUGCAGUAUUCGCUUCGGGUGCACAAUGUGCAGAUAGACCGGCCAAGGAGAGAGAACUCACCUCACAAGUGUACAUUUGUUGCUCCUAUCAAGCUCUGCGCAUGGCGAACUUUCUGACCCAUCCCUGUCUCGAGACGAUCGAAGCAUCGCUUAUCAUUGGCAAUGUCUUGUCAUAUAACAUGAAUCCGGGUGUGGCAUACAUCUUCCUAGGAAUGACGCUACGCAUGUCAUUUUCCAUUGGGCUACAAAUCAAUUCCAACCACUUCACCGAGGCUGAGAAGUGGACCCGGCGACGAAUUUGGUGGGCACUUGCAUGGCAGGACUCGCACUUUGCUGUGAGCUAUGACAGACCGACUUCGAGCGUCUUGUGCAUUCCGGACAUACCAUAUGGGAAGUUUAGUUCACCAGGAGAUCGGAGCUACGCCGAGAGCAUGUUUGCGAUAAUAAGACUCACCCAGCAGAUUGUCCGGGAGCGUCUUCUUCAUCCCCGGGCUGUGAUGACUUGGGAAACGAUUCGAAAACAUACCGACGAGAUUGCAAGCAUUGUUGCACAAGGUGCGGCUCACCUCCGCGAUCGAAAUCAAUGUUACAGAAUGACGGAACAUCUUGAACGUCUGGCUCUCAAACUUCAUAGCUCCUACAUCGUCAGCGAACUUUGUCGACCUGCCUUGAAAGAGCCAGCUUCAACGGAUGCCACCGCGGUGUCUACUCCUAUUCAAUCUCCUGGUGGGCGACGCAAGGCCUCAUCUCAAUCUACCCCGAAUGCCCCGGCUUUGGAUUCGGCUGCACGGGCACAGUUUCGACGUGAAUGUGUACAGGCACUGGAGGGAGCUGUUUCCGCAUAUGUGGAAUUACAUAAUACGAGCAAAUUCGCUUCCCGUUCUUGGAUCGGUAUUCAGCGUGCCAUAUCGGCAGCUUUCUUGCUAGGCACUCUGCCAGACACAGGACAGGAUACUCAACGAUUGGCUCUUUUGCGCGAACUUGAAAUCGUUGUUGCUCAGCGAACCAGGGAAGAGUCGACAUUCGACUUACAACCUCAGGAAAAUCUUGGUUCAAGACGUCUGUCGGCGCAUUCACAACCGCCGCUGGCGGACUCCCCACACUGGGUUCGCAGUAUGGCCAAGUCUCUGAAUGCGCUUGGCAAGCUGAACGCCGCCUUGAACGGACCUAAAACUGCGACUGCGAAAUACCCAAUGCUUUCGACCACUAAUGGCAUUUCUGGAUCGGGAAGCCUCUUCACAAACAUGAGCAAUAGCACCAGUCCGCCGCAGUUGAAUACUCGAUAUUCGAGCAUGUCGUCAAGUUUGAAGCAAGAACCUUACUCGCCCGCUCUGGCGAGUAGUGGACUCAUUGGCAUCGGCAAUGCGAACAUGACCAUGGGUCCUAUUACGCCGGACAGUACGUCGUCGUCCAGUGACUGGAAUUUCGGUAAUUUACACGAACGAGCGGCCGAAUAUGUUCAGGCACCUUUGUGGGGAGACGGGGCGGCCAUUGGUACUUAUUUUGGUGUCGACCCCUGA